AUGCUUGAAAUCAUCAAACGCAUUUUCCCGGCCUCGUGGGCGCUUUACGUUGCACGACUCCUUUACGUUUGGAAGUGUCGUCUUACCUACGUCUUCUGCCGGGGUCCCUUGUCCCCAUUCAAUCUCAGGCCUCUCGCAGAGCAACAGCACAAAUUCAUGGUCGACCAAUUCGUCGAGUCAAUUGACACAGAUGCUAUCCGUACUUUAGCCUCUAAGUACACGGGCGGGUUACCCUGCAGCAUCCGAUGUCGGCAACAGGGUAGCUUCAAUGUGUGUUUCAUCCUCGACUUUCCCGGUGAUAUUGCCCGGAUUGUCAGGCUUCCAAUCGAACCAGCGGUUUAUAACGUAUGGGAUAAGGUAUGCAGCGAGGUUUAUAUGUGCGUGACCAUACAAAUAUUCCUGUUCCUCGAGUAUACGCAUACGGUUGGCUUCUGGCAUCGACUAAUCAGGCCGAUACUUCACCGGCAAGAAACCUUCACUCCGCAGUCAGCCACAAACCAUCGUUUGGGGCUGAAAGUCGUUGGUGCCAUUUCCAUGCGCAGGAAUGAACUCCAGAUUGAUGGCUACCGAGCUCCACGCUCUAUAUCUACCACUACCAACGAGUUCUUCAGAGAACGAUACCAGUUGCUUCAGUAUAUGUGGAAAAUGCCUUCCCAAGAACUUAGUAGAGAGGAGGCUGAGCGCGACGAGUUUGCGCUCCACGCCUUGAGUUUAGAGGAAACUCAAAACAUUUCGAGGCUAAAGACCGAUCCAUCAGGAGACUCUUUCUAUAUGGCCCAUCCUGACCUUCGCGUUGAUAAUAUUAUUGUCGACGACGAACUUCGUAUUCGCGGCAUUAUUGACUGGGAGUUUUCGGUUACAGUCCCGCGUUACGCUUUCUUACCUCCAUCAUGGCUUACUGGUCAUGAUACAGGAUCAAUCAUUUCUAGAGUUGAUCUCUCAUCUGAGUUCAUGAGCGUCUUGUCAUCAAAGAAGCAUAAAUCACACAGUCACUCUCAGCUUGCACAAGACUGGAGUUUUCAAGACGAUCUUAGAUUACCCAUGACAUAUAUUCUUCUAGAUCCAUCUGACCUCGUCUUUAUUUUCUAUCGAUACAUCUACCCCAGACUCUACAAGAAACCCCGCAAUGAGAUAGUCCCUCUUUUUUUCCAACCUCCCGAUAGUAAAGAUCUGCGAGCUGGUUUAGAAAGACGACUAAAUGCUUCGAAGCGGUACACGCAGUAUUUGAAGGAUCACAACCUCAUUGACGACAACGAAGAGCCCGAAUUACAACAAAUCCAUCAGUGGACUGUGGAAACACAAAAGAAGUUAGAGCAGUUGAAUAAAUGGAGUGAUGAAUCAAAAGGUAAACUAGCACGCUUGGAUAGAGAACGAGCUAUGCAAUGUGAACAAGGGGAGCAAAUGUGA